AUGGCGUCAUCGUCAACAUCAGAGAUGGAAUCCAUCGAGAUCGGCAUCAUCGGCAUGGGCGACAUGGGUCGUCUAUACGCUACAAAGAUCCGCGAUGCUGGCUGGAAAAACGUCAACGUUUGCGAUCGACCUGAGAACUUUGAGAGCCUUCGCAAAGAGUUCCAAGGCUCAGGCCUCAAUGUGCUGCGAGAUGGUCACCUUGUCUCGCGGCGAAGUGACUACAUCAUCUACUCGGUCGAAGCUGCCUACAUUGACAGGGUCGUCGAGCAGUACGGCUCAUCCACCAAGAUUGGCGCCAUCGUCGCAGGUCAAACUUCGGUCAAGACGCCAGAGAAGGAAGCUUUCCAGAAGCAUCUCCCUCAAGAUGCCUACAUCAUCUCCUGCCACUCGAUGCAUGGCCCCAAGGUUGAUCCCACCGGUCAACCGCUCAUCCUCAUUCAGCAUCGUGCACCAGACGAAAAGCUUCGACUUGUCGAAAAGAUCAUGUCCUGCUUCAAGUCCAACUUUGUCUACCUCACCUACGACGAGCACGACACCGUCACUGCCAACACUCAGGCUGUUACACACGCCGCUUUCCUCUCGAUGGGCACUGCCUGGUGCUGUUCUCACCAAUAUCCAUGGGAAUCGGAGCGCUACCCUGGUGGUAUUGAGACCGUCAAGAUCAACAUCUGUCUCCGUAUCUACUCUGCAAAAUGGCACGUCUAUGCAGGCUUGGCUCUCCUCAACCCAGCGGCGAAAACGCAAGUAACACAGUUCGCACAGAGCUGCACCGACUUAUUCAAGCUUAUGGUGGCAGAGCGCGAGGAGGAGCUGAUUGAACGUGUGUUUGCAGCACGCAACAAGGUUUUCGGUUGGGAGAAGGACGAAGAGAGUAACAGCGUCAUCUCUCGCUCAGGCACAAAGGAGGAGCGCAAACCCAUCCUUAUGAGCGACAAACUUCUCGACCGCUUCCACAUGGCAGCACGCAAAGCCACCUCUGCAGCCAACAGCGACUCUGGCGAAAGGGACGCAAUCGCACAAUCACACCCUCCACCCAACUCGCAUCUCUCACUCUUGGCAAUCGUCGACUGCUGGAGCUCUCUCGGCAUUAACCCUUACGACCAUCUUGACUUGGCAGCAACGCCCAUAUUUAGGAUCUGGAUCGGUGUUUGCGAGUAUCUCUUCCGCUCACCGCAGAGAUUGCGACAGGCCUGCCAUGCUGCGGCCAGGGAUCACAGCUUCAGGGCGGACGAUACCGAGUUUGUUAUCGCCUCCCGAGGGUGGGCUCAAGCAGUGCAGUUUGGCAACUUUGACAGCUACCAGAGGAGAUUUGAGGAGACGAGGUCUUUUUUCGAGCAUAGGUUCCAGGAGGCAGGUGCGGUCGGAGCCGAGAUGCUCAAGGUUGUUCUCGCAAACUAG